GGAGGCCCGGACGAGGCUUCGUCGGCGAGCGGUCGGGGCCUGCUUCUCGAGGUGCCUGCGAGCGCCUCAUGCCCCUCCCCACCGGCCCCAACUCCGUCCCGCCUCACCCGACCGCGGGCUUUGUCCACCCGCCGCGGUGCGGCUCCUCCCAGUCCCCGCCAGCUCCUCCCCGCCCCCUCUGCCGGCCCCACUUCCUAGGCGGCGGAGCGGGUCGGGGAGGGAAGGGUUAACCCGCGGCUCUUCCCGGCGCGGAGGGAUCCGGAGGCGAGCCGAGCGCGGUGGUGAGGCCGCCUCAGCGAAAAAAAUGUCCGCCUGAAGAGACCCACAAGUUCUAUUCGGGGGGACCGACAGCCCGCCCCGGGAGGAAGGGGCGGCCAGGCCCGAAAGCCGCCUCCCCCUCCCAGACCCGAGAGCUCGUGCGGGGCAAAGUGAACCGAGCCGCUGGGCGGUGCAAGGGGAAGCCCAAGCCCGUUCUCCCGGCCAAAGUGAACUUUAAUCGGGGUGGUUGGAUGCGGAGACGGGGCGGCAGGACCUGCUAGAAGUGGCCGAAGAUGAAUCCCCAGCAACAACGCAUGGCCGCUAUAGGGACCGACAAGGAGCUGAGCGACCUACUGGACUUCAGUGCGAUGUUUUCCCCACCUGUUAAUAGUGGGAAAACUAGACCAACUACACUGGGAAGCAGUCAAUUCAGUGGAUCAGGUAUGGAUGAAAGAGGAGGUACAACAUCUUGGGGAACAAGUGGUCAACCAAGUCCUUCCUAUGAUUCAUCUAGAGUACAAUACACGAGAUGAAGCAGUUAAAUAGCAAAGCAAGACAGAAGGGUCAGAGAAUUAAAGGUUUUACAGACAGCCCUCAUUACAGUGAUCACUUGAAUGACAGUCGAUUAGGAACCCAUGAAGGCUUGUCCCCAACACCUUUCAUGAACUCAAAUCUGAUGGGAAAAACAUCAGAGAGAGGCUCAUUUUCCCUGUACAGCAGAGAUACUGGAUUACCAGGCUGUCAAUCUAGUCUCCUGAGACAAGAUCUGGGGCUUGGGAGCCCAGCACAGCUAUCUUCUUCAGGAAAACCUGGGACAGCAUACUAUUCAUUCUCUGCUACAAGUUCCAGGAGGAGACCACUCCAUGACUCUGCAGCGCUUGAUCCCUUGCAAGCAAAAAAAGUCAGAAAGGUGCCUCCUGGUUUGCCUUCUUCUGUAUAUGCACCAUCCCCAAAUUCAGAUGAUUUCAACCGUGAAUCUCCUAGUUAUCCAUCUCCUAAGCCACCAACCAGUAUGUUCGCUAGCACUUUCUUUAUGCAAGAUGGGACCCACAAUUCUUCUGACCUUUGGAGUUCAUCAAAUGGGAUGAGCCAGCCUGGUUUUGGUGGAAUUCUGGGGACCUCCACUUCCCACAUGUCUCAAUCCAGUAGUUAUGGCAACCUUCAUUCACAUGACCGCUUGAGUUAUCCUCCACACUCAGUUUCACCAACAGACAUAAACACGAGUCUUCCACCAAUGUCCAGCUUUCAUCGUGGCAGUACCAGCAGUUCACCUUACGUUGCUGCCUCACACACUCCUCCCAUCAAUGGAUCAGACAGCAUUCUAGGAACCAGAGGGAAUGCUGCUGGAAGCUCACAGACAGGUGAUGCACUUGGAAAGGCUUUGGCAUCUAUUUAUUCUCCUGACCAUACCAGCAGUAGUUUUCCGUCAAAUCCAUCAACACCAGUUGGAUCACCUUCACCUCUCACAGGUACCAGUCAGUGGCCAAGACCUGGAGGGCAAGCACCUUCAUCCCCAAGCUAUGAAAACUCACUCCACUCCCUGCAGUCUCGAAUGGAGGAUCGUUUAGACAGACUGGAUGAUGCAAUCCAUGUGCUGCGGAACCAUGCUGUGGGACCUUCCACCAGUUUGCCUGCUGGUCACAGUGAUAUACAUAGUUUAUUGGGACCAUCCCAUAAUGCACCAAUUGGAAGCCUCAAUUCAAACUAUGGAGGAUCAAGCCUUGUUGCAAGCAGUCGAUCAGCUUCAAUGGUUGGAACUCAUCGGGAAGACUCUGUCAAUCUCAAUGGCAAUCAUUCAGUCCUGUCUAGUACAGUCACUACUUCAAGCACAGACCUGAACCAUAAAACACAAGACAAUUAUAGAGGUGGCUUGCAAAGUCAGUCUGGAACUGUUGUUACAACAGAAAUCAAGACUGAAAACAAAGAAAAGGAUGAAAACCUUCAUGAACCUCCUUCAUCAGAUGACAUGAAGUCAGAUGAUGAAUCCUCCCAAAAAGAUAUCAAGGUUUCAUCUAGAGGCAGAACAAGCAGUACUAAUGAAGAUGAGGAUUUGAACCCUGAACAGAAGAUAGAAAGGGAGAAGGAGAGGCGGAUGGCUAACAAUGCCAGAGAACGCUUACGCGUGCGGGAUAUUAAUGAAGCCUUCAAAGAGCUUGGCCGAAUGUGUCAGCUUCACUUGAAGAGUGAAAAACCCCAAACAAAACUCCUUAUUCUUCAUCAAGCCGUGGCAGUCAUCCUUAGUCUAGAACAGCAAGUCAGAGAGAGGAACCUUAACCCCAAAGCAGCCUGCCUUAAGAGAAGGGAAGAAGAAAAAGUUUCUGCCGUAUCGGCAGAGCCGCCAACCACACUGCCAGGAACCCAUCCUGGGCUUAGUGAAACUACCAACCCUAUGGGUCAUAUGUAAACAUCAGCCAGUUCCAGAGUUAUCAGUAGGCUAGAUAGAAGGUGACCUCUCCUCAUAAGGACUUGGACAACUCAGAUUAUCUGAAGACACAAACCUGACAGGAGGGAGAAGAAAAAACAAAACACUUGAACCAAGAAACUCAAAUGUAAUCCUACGAUCAAAGCAACUGGUCAACACUUCCAUCAGAAGUGAAGAUAGGAAGCUCAUCAGAUAGAACAUCAGCCCAUGAGAUGUUUGCAACAAAUCUUUUGUUGCAAGCAGUGUGUCGCUUCUGCACAAUCAGAGACUGUCUCGAUCUCUCCACUCACCGUGGAAGUUGCCUUGUGCCUAAACUGAAUUGACAAAUGCAUUGUAACUACAAAUUUUAUUUAUUGUUAUGAAACUGUAAGGUCUACAUAUAAAGGGAAAAAGUUAAUGUGGAAAGCUGAUCUACACUCAGCUGAUGCCAGCAUACAUUAAAGCGGUUCACGUGCAGAGAACAAAGCAGUGACAACCAUUGGCCCUUAGCAUUCCCGGCAUACCUAUUAGUGUCUUAAAAAGGAAGGGAAAAGUCUUUUGUUGCCCUCUCCUAUCCUCUUGCCAUAUGAAUAGCGUUUUCCAUGAAAUAGGAAAAUAUUACUUGGUAUAGCAUUUCUCUUGCUCUCAUUUUUUGAUUUAUUUUUAUUUUCUCUUUGUGGGUGUUAUAUUUGAUCUCUAAAUCUGAACAGUUUAUGGUCACAGUCCAGCCUCCUCCGUGCAGCCCUGUGUGCUUUGCACAUUUACCUUACAGUGGUAAGCAGAGACCAUCUGUGACCAUAGCCUAGCUAGCAUUUUAAAAGGGGAAAUUUUGUUUCUAGGUUUUCCCCCAAAUAAACAUUGCUUUAUUUCUAAUAAUAACCAAGACUUUUCAAGCUUCUAGAUCUCAUAGGAAAGCUUGUAAUAGCAAAAUUGUAAAUUACAAGGGAAGAAUCUACUUUUUAGAAAUCGCUUUGUUUUCCAAGCAGUAAGUACUACAUACAGUACUUGUAAAGUGUUAGCUGUAAGUAAGCACAAAAUACAUUUAAAAUACAAAGACGAUUUUUUCAGGCUGUGAUUAUGGUGAACAUAACAAAACCCAGUAGUCACCAAGGCAGGUAGUGUGAUAAAUGAACACACCACUCUGAGGCUAAUUACCUAAUGGAAUACAAGAGCAAUGGUCACCCGUGUUUCCUUAUCCUAGCCUUUAUUUCUCUGUCAUUUGGAUGGCUGGUCAAUGGGGAAGAAUUGAGUGGGUGAUUUAAUCAACUGCAAACCAUCUGCCCCUGUCCCAAAAUGAUGAGCCAGAUUAGCAUUAAACCAGUACUUGUCAGUCCAUCUUAAUACUGUUCAUUAAGGCACUCUCUGUCUCUAAUCCUUAGGAGUUGUUUUAAAAGACAUAAUCACUUUGAACUUCCAUGAAACCUGUCUUCCACCACAACAACCCUGGGAGAGAAAAACAUGCUAAAGGAGGUAUCUUGGCUUAAUAAUUCCUUAUAGCCAAUAUCAACAGUGGCAAUCAGCACAGAGGAAAGGACCCAAAUCACUAUGUAGCUUAAAGAUUUCUGUUAAUUUGAAAGAACAAAAACAAGACAGAACUUCUGGUACUCUAAUCAGGAUGAUUCCUAACAAGUCAGUCAUUUGUGAACUUAGUGGACUUUUUGGUUACUUUAAUUUGCAUAUAUUCUCCAGUUACAUCGGACUCUUAUCUGUGGCCUUGUUCUUCAUUUCAGUGUUAAUCAGCUAAACAGAAGUUGUUGCUUAUGAUGUGUGAGUGAACAUAUGCCACUGCCUGGCCUUUUUUUCUUCAGAGCUUGUUGUCUUUUUCGCUAUAUUAGACUUUGCAGUAUGCCCAGAAGCUUUCCUUCAUAAAAUAGAAAGAAAAAAACAUUUGGCUUAUUUUUCACUGUAGCUAGUCUUUUAUACAAUAAUCUUGUAAGAAAAUUUCUUGAAUUCUAAAUAUUACUCUUUCUAGAUUUUUGAAAUCAAAAAGUUUUCAGUAAAAAGUUUCUUACUUUAUUUUAUUAUAUUAGGUAGUAAAAAAUGUAGGGUUAUUUACCAUAACCUGUUCAUUAAUAUCAGAAAUUUACAAUAGCAUUUUAAGACCAUAGUAGGAUUCUAGCAUACCGUGUAGUACCUAUGGAGUAUUGUAAGAGCUAAUUGUUGGAGAUGAAUUGCUUCUCAUCUUGUUCUCCAGUUUCCAUUGUUGGUUUAUUGCAGAUUUGUAUCCUGUGUCAAAUUCAAGGUAUUAUUGAUAAACCUUUUCAACCAGCAGCAAGAAGUUCAAAUUUUUUUCUGUCACUGUAACAGAAAACACAAUAUGUAUAUAACAUUUAUGUAGCAAUAAAUGUGCCAUCUUUUUUUUAACACAGUAAAA